GGAAGACGUCGGCAGUCGCAGCCGGCGUUAGUUGCCUCACGACCGCCGAACUGAACAGACGUGUACUAGUUUUCGCGAAAAGCAUUUCGAUAAAUUGAAAAAAGUGGAAAAAAGUUCGAGUGUUACCGCAGUGUCAUUGAAUUUUAUGUUCGAAUCAGUGUUUGUUGUAUGCUCUAGGAGCCGUGGUGAUGGUUAACAAUUUUGGCGGGAAGUACGUUGGUUCUGUGCCGUGGAUGCUAGCACAAAUGGCAUUGCUGAGGUGCAGUAAACAUCGAAAAUGAGACAGUUGUUACUGAAAAUGUUCAAAGAGACCAUAGCAAUAAAUGUGAGUGGUUUCAAAACGCGAGUGAUAUUAAAACUUGGGACAAUGUGCGUGUAAGGUUCGACCACGACGUCGAAUCACUCGGGCUGGGGGUCGCCGGCGACCGAGCCCAGCGAUGGUAUGGACGUUGUUCUGGGGAAUGGUAGCGAGGAGUGGACUGACCGGUGGAACUCUACGAGGGCGGACCACUCGGACUUGUACAACUACUGGGCAUGGAGCAUCGUGGACGGCGCGCUGAUGCUGCUCAUCGUCAGCGGCAACACCCUCACCAUCUUCGCCGUCACGAUGAGCCGCCGUCUGUCCUCCCUCGUCUCCAACCAGUUCGUGCUCAACCUGGCCAUAUCCGACCUGAUGGUGGGCCUCACGCUGCCCUACCACCUCGUCUUCUACAUAGACGACGACUUCGGACAGAUCAAGUGGUCCUGCCUGAUGAGGUUCAUACUCAUAAUACUCGCGUGCCUCGCAUCCAUUUACAACAUCAUCGCGAUCGCUGUGGACAGGUACAUAGCAAUAGUGCACCCGCUGCAUUACAGCCGCUACAUGACUAAGCUGGUGACGCGGCUGCUCAUGAGCGCGACAUGGUCUGUGGCGGUGUGCAUCAGCUGCAUACCGGUGUUCUGGAACGAGUGGCGGGACGGCGUGGCUUGCGAGAUGAACGAGGUGGUACCGAAGACGUACACGACUAGCAUCCUGGCGCCAAUGUUCUCGCUCAUCUGGAUGGUGAUGUUCAUCCUGUACUGGCGGAUAUGGCGCGAGGCCACGUGCCACGCGCGCCGCAUGCGCGCCAACACCUGCUGCCCCACUGGCGCCAACGAUUGGAAGAGCAUUCAGGUGGUCUUGCUCGUUUUAGGCUCGUUCUCAAUCUGCUGGAUGCCAUUCGUGGUGGUGGCGUGCGCUCAGACACUGCCCAUAGCACCCUUGCACAACCCCUUCGCGUACCGCCUGACUUCAUCCCUCGCUAUGUCCAACUCCGGAAUUAAUCCUUUGAUAUACGCGUGGAAGAACGCUGGCUUCAGAGCAGCGUUUGCGAAAUUGUUGAGAUGCAAGAGGCCAGAUACUUCGGAGUACAGAGGAUCCCCUGCACCGGAGAGGAAACGUGGAUCUGUGGCUUUGCGCGAGGGUUCGAUCACUCGGACACCGACUGGUCUGUCUACUCUAGGAGGGAGACCCGCUCGUUUGAUCUACGUGGAACGCGAAACGGAUACGGCAAGAUGUCGCAUCAUCGAGAACGCUGGAUACGUGGAACAGGAGAGGGGUGAUAGCAACCCUUCCUACGCCCCGGACGGGCCGACCCCCGUGCACAGGCCUGCGGCGCGAACGCCUGACGCAGUGUAGUGUUACGGUUACCAUAGACAAUACAGACGUUCAGUGGGAAACGUGAAACGCUUUUAGAGUUUAAAGUUGUUAGUGAGUAGGUAUCCUGUCGCAUUUAAAAGUGCCUAGUCUAGCUGUGGAGUUGACACUUAAACUUCUCAAAAAUUGCUAUUGGUAAGGCUACGGUACACAACGGCACAAUACGCUUAGCGAGUGCCGGGCAAUGUUAAACGUUGUUAGCGUAUGAUAUUUACAUGCAAAUUCAGCGGCUAACCGCGUUGGGCCAAUGUGUUCAUGGCCCUUCACAUGUUAGAUUGCUAGGGAAUACCGCUGACAGCACUACAGCUAGGAUGGUCCACUAUUAUUAUAUUAUACAUUUGUUUGAAAAGG